AUGUCAGAAGAAACAAUUUUGCCCAUAAAUGAUAAGGCAAUUAAAAUUGAACCACCAGAAUAUUCAGUAGAAGACAUUAAAAGCGAAAAUGAUGAUGAAUUUGACGUUUUUGAUGAUAGUGUCAAAUCUGAAUCUUGUUCUGAGAAUAAUGAAACGUGUUUACAAAGAUUCAUGAAUUCCGAAGUGACUAUAGAAGAAGAAGUCAAACAGGAGUUAAUCGAUACAUCAACUUAUGAAUGUGACAUUUGUAAUCGAGCAUUUGCAGAAUCACACCAUUUAAAAGAGCAUAUGGUUGAUCACAUGCCUAGUAAUAGCAAAGAACGCCCUUUUAAAUGCGAAAUUUGCGAUAAGACUUUCAAACUAUCAAAACAUUUGAAGUCUCACAUGAAUAUACAUUCUGGAGAACGUUUCUUUAAAUGUGAAAUAUGCGGUAACGCAUUCACACGAUUAGCUGUUCUAAAUAGACACAUGCUCUCUCACAAAGCUGAGCGUCCCCAUGAAUGCAGUAUAUGCAAUAAGACAUUCAUACAAUUAUAUAAUCUGAAAAUUCACAUGAUGACACACAAUGGAGUACGCCCUCAUGAAUGCAAUAUAUGCAAGAAGACAUUCACGCUAUUAUGUAGUCUGAAUAGACACAUGCUCGUUCAUAAUGGUAAGCGCCCCUUUGAAUGUGAUAUAUGCAAUAAGACAUUCACACAAGGACACGGCUUGAAAAGUCAUAUGCUGAUUCACAGCGGAGUACGGCCUCAUGAAUGUAGUAUUUGUAAUAAGACGUUCACACAAUCAGGUAGUCUUACAAGACACAUGCUCACUCACAGUGCUGAGGAACCUCAUAAAUGCAAUAUAUGCAAGAAGACAUUCAUACAGUUAAGUGAUCUAAAAAGACACAUGCUCAUUCAUGAGGGUGAGCGUUCCCAUGAAUGCAAUAUAUGCAAGAAGACAUUCACUCAAUUAAGCAGUCUGAAUAGACACAUGCUCGUUCAUAAUGGUAAGCGCCCCUAUGAAUGUGAUAUAUGCAAAAAGACAUUUACACAAGGACACGGCUUGAAAAGUCAUAUGCUGAUUCACAACGGAGUACGCUCUCAUGAAUGUAGUAUUUGUAAUAAGACGUUCACUCAAUCAGGUAUUCUUAAAAAACACAUGCUCAUUCACAGUGCUGAGCGACCUCAUAAAUGCAAUGUAUGCAAGAAGACAUUCACACUAUUAGAACAUCUAGAUAAGCACAGGCUCUUUCACAGUAGCGAGCAACCUUAUGAAUGCAAUAUAUGCAAUAAGACAUUCAUACAAUUAAGUGAUCUAAAAAGACACAUGAUCAUUCAUAAGGGUUCCCGUGAAUGA